CAGUGAUGUGAUGACGUGAGCUCUAAUUCAAUGUUCUUUUUUUGAAAUUUCGAAUGUGUGUUUUUUAAAUGAGUUUCCAUUUUUCAAGUUUAUUUUUUUCUUUGUGGAUUUUAUUCGACAUUUUUGUAUGCUGUCGACAGAGCAAAAACUAUAAGAAACUAGAAACUUUAUGAUGGCGGAUAAACAGUGUCAAGAUUGCGACAAACUGGUAUAAAGGGAUGUGGAACAAGAUUAUAUCGCGAAACCGCAGAUCAAGAACACUUGAGGAAGUUUCGGAAGGAAAUAUUAAGAAAGACAGUACGAACGCAAAGAAAUCGAAAGUGAAGCAAAAACGUGGGACACUACUUGGAAAAGUUAUGGUUGAUAUAAAUGUUAGUGCCGAAGUAAAAAGUUAUGUUCUAGCACAAGAUUUUAUUGAAUACGAAAAUCAUUCACACGUACGUCUAAUAAAACGGAUCGUCAUCAAAUCACAUACGCGGUUAAGCCUUGCACCAAUUCGCAACACUGUAAUCUAAGAUUGUUCGAAACGAUCGACCAAAGGAAAAUCGUUUUAUCUUUAUUGGCAUCACUCAUUGUUGGCAACACAUAAAGAAAAUAUAACUGAUGAUUUACUAGAGAGAAAGCAAAUAAUAUUUUCUAUAGAAAUUCUGCUGAAGAUGUCAAAGACCUACUGUUCUCGAGCUUAUUAAGUCAUCAAAGCCAAGUAUGCUAGCUUGUUAAGUAAUUGAGUAUCAUCAGAUUCAUCACAAUGAGAAGAUAACAUAAUAAUCAAGACGUAGUAAUUGAUACUUGCAUAGACGUCUAUUAUUUUGUGAACAAAAUUGUGAUUUGCGGUUAAAAAGUUCUAAUAGCUUUUUGUUCUGAAGUGGAUUGUGAAGAUGGAGACGAGACAAUUGGAUUAGCAACGGUAAAUGUAAUAUUGCACGCCGUAACCUUUACAAAGGUUAUAAAAAUUGACGAUGAUAUUAUGAAUCGUUAUAAAGAAGUGCGUACUAUAGCUGGUGAAAGAAAAAGUGUUAUGGAACAAAGGAAAGUGAUACGAAUUUUUGAAGAAAUGGAAUGAUUGGAAGCAGGUAGGCUCGGCGUUGGACAAAUGUAUUGGGCAGGUAGAGUACGCGAAAAACAUCAUGACGAGGCGAAAAAGUGUGUGUUCGAAGUGGACUUUAGUUUUAUUAGUAGUUAUAGUUUGUCCGUCUGUUUAUUCGCGACCUCAAGAUGAAGUUUCCCCUUCUACUACAAUUACGGCACAGAAUGAAAAAUCGACAAAUGCACCAAUAAGGACACAUCAGACUAAUGCCGACGCAGCUCAGACUCGUCAGACAGCCACACCAGUUCCCGAGAGCUCUUCCCGAGAUGUCAAGACAAAGACACCGAUUCGAGAAUCCAUGGAAAUGGUCGCUAUUCAACUUCUCGACAAACCCAAUACUACAGCUGAGACCCCAGUUAUAGCUGACACCAGAAUACCGCCCAAACUAAAGACCCAAGUCAAACAUAGAAUAAAAACGAGAAAUGAAAAUGGUGAAGAGUUCGAAAAUGCUCAUCCUGGCGUUGCAGUUCCUGUCACAAUCGAAGAAUUGGAUACAGAGAACAAAAUAAACGAGCCUAGUGAAUCUUCGACGUCCAAUGAAGGUAUUUCCACUUGGAUCUCAUUGAGUAAUUCAGCCAAGGACAACGUUACUACUGAGUCGCCUAAAGUAGAAGAAAUUACGAAGAAACCUAAGCCUGCUGUUUCAAAGAACAAACCUAAACGUCCUCAGAAUAAUAAAAUAGCCAAACGUCCUAUUAUUGGCAGUACAAACAAAGCUGACUUGGUUGCCAGUGGAUCAGCUAUCAACGAGAAUGUCUACAAUAAAAUCAAGGAUACCGUGUUGUCUAAUGUGCAGAAAAAUAAGAAUACUUCAAUUCGUCCGGCCACAACAACUACAACCACAACGACAACUACUACAACCACUACUGAAGCACCAACAACGAAAAAGGAAACUAAAAUUCCUAUUGUAACACCAGUCAUAACAGUGACCUCAAAGCCCAAGAAGAAAAACAAGAACAAACAGAAAACUACUACUACCUUAGCACCUCCCGUUAUCAGUGACUCCGCAUUACUUCCUACAGAAGCUAAAGAACAAGAAAUUGAAUUAGAAGUAAGCACGCCAGCAGCUACGACGAAGAAACCUAAAAGAAGUUCAACUAGGAAGAAGAACAAGACUAAGAAACGCAAAACCUCGACAUCGAAACCCAGUACUGAAGUCGCUAUUUCCGACGUCAAAACAUCAAACAAAACUAAAUCGAAUAAGAAUGCUAAAAAACCGGCUGCAGCACCAACUGGAGCUAUUACAACACAAAUCUACAAUUACUUGUCUAGAGAGGUAAUGCCAUCUGUGGGAGUAGGUAUGUUGGGUUUGGCUAGUUUAGUUGGAAUUGCUGGUUACUUCUUAUAUCCAUUUGCAACUCCAGUACGAAGAACAUUUGAAGUAGACAAGAAUGAUGACAUUUACAGAAACAACGCUGAGGAAUACGCAAAUGAUGGCAAUGGACAAGCCGAAGAAGAAAUGCUGGGAACUGUCUUAGCUGGGAUGCCCGCCCACGCCAAACAAAAGUUGAACCCCUAUGCCGGACAAACUGCGUACACAAGUCGUUAUCCAGUGAAAAAGGAACAAGACAUUAGAUAUAGACAAGUUGCCACUGGCUACAAACCUAACCCUAAUUAUGGUAAAGUACAUUACGCUCAACAAAAAACAGGAAUAGCUCAUGCUGCGGUAUACUCAAAGCCACUCAGUUAUAGUCCUCAUUAUGAAACUAGACACGCGUAUACAACAGAGGGAAAAUACAAUUAUGAGAAACCCCAGCAACCAAACUAUACUCCAUACCCAGCCGUAGAACCUAUAUAUGCUGCACCACAAACUGGCCCCACAGGCGUUUCAGGUUAUGGGAAUGAAAAUUCCAACUCAGUUGUCUACGGUGUAAAACCAGCAGCUGAAUCUGAUUUCAAACCUGUAUAUCCAUUCGAAGGUCAGUUUUUUAGCGAAACUACUAGUAGUUCAGUGACUUAUCCUCCAACUUCUAUGUACUUAGGAUCUAAUAAUGAUUCGGAAAAUCAGGAAGAAAAAUAUGACGACAAUACUAGUGGCAGUGAAGCUAAUUCUGAAUCAUCUAGCGAGAACAAAUUCGUAGUUGGAAAUGUUCCGAAGGAACUAGUAGACUCAGCUACACCUGCAGUUGUACCAGAACAUGGUCCUAGAAAUCUAAGAAAAAAACGUAGUAUUUCAGGUUCACUGGAAGAGCUGUUAGCAGAGAAAGGAAACAGAGACGUCUUCAUUAGUAAUGAGAUUGAUGACAUUUACAAUAUUAAUAACCCUGUCCGAAACCUUGCUGCUAAUGAUGUAGAUGGUACCACAGUCUUUCCUAAAGAUGUCACCGAAGUUUUUGCUGUAUCAGACUCUGAAAAAGACAGUAAACUAAAUGAAGCUACUACUGAUAAGAUCGAGAUUGUUGAGAGUGUGUCAACGAUUCCAGUGAAUAGUAAAAAUGACAAAACAACAGAGCCAGAAAUGCCUAACGAAAUGGAAACCACAACUAAAACUUUUAAAGUAUAUGAAGUAUUUCCAUCAAGCAAUACUGAAGUAACUGAACGCAACAGUCCUAUAAACUCACCUACAACAACUGUCCAAAGCAUGAUGACUGAGACCACAACAGAUUUGAAAUCUGAAACAACAUCAACUAUGCCAACAGUUCCAGUUUCAACUGACAAGCCAGCGACUACUUCAAGGCCGUGGAAUGACCCAGAAAUUGUUACUUAUCCACCUUUAAACCAACAAGGGGGAUUUUUAAACUUCCUACAAAGAUUAGUAGACUUUAAGUUCAGACUUGGUCUUGGCAUAUUACAGACAACAGUAGAUGCUUUAAAUAGAUUUAGGGAUGAUACUAUGCAAAAAGUAACAAACGCUUCUCGUACUCAUAAUGGGUAGUGUAAUAAGUCUAGGUUUGUGCACCGUUGAUGAGAUUUGAUAUCAAUGUAAUUUUUUUGUCAUUCGAAGCGAUUUUUGAUAUUUUUAUAGCAGUUAUUUUGAAUGGUAGAAAAAUGGUUUAUGCAAUUAGUUAUGUAUAGUAAAUAUAAGUUUAAACAAUGUGUACUUAUAUUUUUACAAUUCGUAUCAAUGCUAAGUUUUAGACUGAUAAAUACUCAUUUAUUUGUAUGUAAAAAUACAAACGUAGGUUCGUUUACUCGUUCAUUCAACUGAAAACAUUUUCUAUAUUGCAUUUAUUUAUGAAAAAAUCAAAACACUUAUUUAAGGUUACUUAUUUUUAAGAUAAAGUAUAAGUACAGGGAAUUAUAUAAUAUAAUAUUCUGAUUAUUUUUUAUAUAAUAUAAACCUAUAUAAGAUUAUAAUUUCAGAAUGCUAUCCUCGAUACUCAUAUUUGAGGGAAGCCUACUGGAAUUAUAUUGUGAUAAAAGAUAUAAAUAGUAUUUUUAUUAGGCGUUAAAAUAUGAAAUAAUUAUUUUAUAGCCGGAUAAGAUUUUAUUAUUUGCGUCCGAAAUAUAUUAUACAGUAUUAUCGAUUUUUUCAGGUUAAAAAGGUUUUCGACCUAUUUUAUAAGAUUAAAAAUAUAUAAAAUGAAAUU